UGACAACUAAAUUGGUUCUCUUUGUUUUUUCAAAACCGAAAUGGGUUUUUUUUUUAAGGAAACCUUGGUUUCUUAUGAAUUUCCUCUUAUUGUGUUUAAUCAAUCAUUUACCAUACUUUUUCUUUCAACGGCAUUAACCAGUUGUGUUCAACGCCUUUAUUAGCCUUAUCGCUAAUUAUAAUGUGCUACAAUACAUAUGUAUAGCUUAUUUUAAUCAUGUAUUGGUUUUGAAAAUGUCAAUGGAAAGUAUGAAUGUAUUUGUAUUACAUUUAUUAAGAUGAUUAUGAAAAUAAAAAAAUAAAUCCAACAGAAUAUUGCAUUUGUGAUUGUGAAGCUCUGGUGAACGAAACAAUAAAAUGUCCCAAGAAGUUCCCGAUCAAGACACAAAUACCGUGGAUGCACAGUCGCCUGAGAACCAUAAGAGAAAAGACUAUCUGCACUGGGAUGAUUACUUCAUGGCCACCGCCUUGCUCUCAGCCCAGCGCAGUAAAGAUCCCGUGACCCAAGUUGGAGCUUGCAUCGUGGAUUCCCUGAAUCGGAUAGUGUCCAUUGGCUACAAUGGAUUCCCCCGCAACUGCAGCGACGACGAGUUUCCGUGGUCGAAAUCCCAUUUCUUCUUGGAGGACAAGAAGAUGUACGUGGUGCAUGCGGAGGCGAAUGCGAUCCUUAACAACAAUGGCAUGAGUUUAACUGGAACCCGUCUCUAUACAACGCUCUUUCCUUGCAACGAAUGCGCCAAACUCAUAAUACAGGCGGGCAUUUCUGAGAUUCUCUUCCUGUCCGACAAGUAUGCCAAUAAGCCCAAGUACGUGGCUUCCAAGAAGAUGCUAGAUGCAGCGGGUGUGAAAUAUACCCGACACCUCCCCCGACAGAAAAAAAUUAUCAUUGACUUUGACAACGUUUAAACGACCCAAACCUGAAAUAACUCUUGCGAUGCAUUUUUAAAAUUAGUCACUUCAUUUAUAUUAAAAUUGUGAUUAGUUUAGUGUGCAUUUAACGUGGUUCGUUUUAAAUUUGGACAAAUUUCUUAAAAUUUAUUUAAAUAAUACAAAUUAUUUAUAUAUAAAAGCUUACCAAAUUAAGAUCAAAAACAAAUUUUUAGCCAAAUCUUAAAUACUAAAGUCACAGACGAAGAAUCAUUUUAAUAACAAUAAUUAAUACUUUCUUUAAUACUUUCGACACCUGCUCUCUUUUAAUUUUCAACUUUAUUAAAACAAGUGUUUAUUUUUUCAAUUACUAUUUACUGGAACUCACUUGCACUAAUUGAGUUCGUAUACGUAAACUCUGUCAUGUAAUUCUCUUGGCGUGCACAGGUGUUCACCGGAGACCAAAGUGCGAUUAAAGGGUGCUACCUAGGUCAAUGAUGUUUAGCUUGAGGUCCCAACCUUGUACUAAAUGUAUUUAAGUAUAAAACAAUGUUUUUCCAUGUUGUUUUUAAAAUAAAAAUUGUAAUUAAUAUAAAAUAAAGUGUUUUUGAAAAACUGUU